AAUCACCUUUGUUCGUACCAUUUUCGGUGUUUGGAUGGAACAUCGAUUGACGUGGCUUGUGAACACUUCAUCAUGCCAUCAAAGCUCCCAACAAUAGGAGAAUCAUCAAACAUAACAUAUAAAAAAUGGAAUGCUUCUAAUUAACCCCAUUAAUUUUUUACUUUUCAGCGCAUAAAUUUGAUUCCAACUACAUCAUCCACCCUGUAACCACCGCAACUGGGACCUUGGCCACAAACCCAAGCCAUCCACUUCAUUUUUUACCCUACACGAAUAUUGCCCCAGUCUAAUCAGGACCCGCCAUCCCCCAAACUGUCUGUUUUUUUACUGCGCCUCCUCCCUCUCACCUCUCUCCCUCCACCGGCAAGCCAUGCGCCGACGACGUCCCCGUUUUUGAAUCUCAUCAAGGCCGUCCGUUUUCUCUUCCCCUUCUUUCUUGCUCGUAUCUCGGCCCUCCAAUUCCGCCUGAGAACCGACGACGAGGAUGAUGAAGAAAGAAAACGGAGACGACGAUCGUGUGCACGUCUUGGAGAUCAACCUCGUCUCCGCCCAGGGUCUCAAGGCUCCCUCCGUCACCCUCCGCCGCAUGCAGACCUACGCUCUCGCCUGGGUCGACUCCGCCCACAAGAUCCGCUCUCGGCUCGACAAGGUGGGCGGUGAGAAUCCGACAUGGAAUGAUCGGUGCCUCUUCAAGGUCCCGUCCGGAUUCCUCUCCAGCGAGACCUCCCAGGUCUCGGUCCAGAUCUAUGCCGUCGGAUGCUUCCGCGAUCACCUCGUCGGCACCGUCCGAUUUCUGAUCAACAACUUUCUCGACGUCUCGUCCACCAUUCCAUCGUUUACGGCGAUCCAAAUCCGGCGACCUUCUGGAAGAUUCCGAGGCGUGUUGAAUGUGGCCGCGUUGGUGAUCGACGGCUCGAGUCUGGCUCCUGCGGUGAGCGAGCUGCCUGCGAUCGGGUACCGCGACCUGAUGGGAAUGGGAGAGAGCUUCCGGCGCCGGCGACGCGACAGCAUGACAAGCAGAUCGAAGAAUUACUCCAGCGAUUCGAAGGAGAACUCUUGCACUGAAUCGACGGAAAACUCGGACUUGAGCGAAUCGGUGGCGUCAUCACCAGAGACGCCGUUGCCGCCUCUGAAGGAGCUGAACACGAUCAGCGAAUUGGCGGGAACAAGAAGCCAGGUGUUGAAGGCUCCUCCAACGGACGGCUCGCGUUUCCUGUGCUGCUUUCUGACGCAGAGGAAGAUUAAAUACAAUCCGUCGGAUCAGAACGCAGAUGGGGCCCACAGCAGAGAAAGGUAUUAA